AUGCAGGAGCUUAGUGCCUCUCUGUCUUCCAUCAACGCAAUUGCUAGCGUUGAUGUAUUGUGUAGAUUAUGUCAAGGAGGUGAAGCUGUAGCUACCACAAAUAUCACUAGUCUGUUACAAGAUGUAUCGGCUGCGAUCACUGUGGAUGAUACGGAUGAAUUCAGAAAUGUUACACGCUUGAAAGUAUUAUUGAUCAAUAACCCAGAUAAUUAUCUGCAAUAUGAUACAGGCAAUUCGUCACUUGUAUCCCCUAUUAUCAUCGUUAGUACGAAUCCAAAAGUAAACAAUACUAGCGUUCAACUUUACUUCAGCAGCAUUAAAUACGGCGUAAAUCCGAACCAAACGAGAUUGUUAUUGUGUUCAUUUUGGGAUGGCACUGCAUGGAAUAGUAGUGGAUGUGGAAUUCCAAACCGGAUCAGUGAUCUAGUUUUACAACAAACAUCGAUUUAUUGGUGCACUUGUUCACAUUUUACAACAUUUGCAUUAAUAUCGGUAUUGGCAGGUAAAAAUUACAGCGUAUCCAUACUCACAAACAUCAGUGCUCUUAGCACAGAUCUUGUAGUCGAUGCUGUAUUCGACUUUUUUGGUGCAUUGAAAAAUACAUCGGUACAAAAUGCAGUCACAGUGAAACAAGUAGAUGCAAGCAUAUUAGACACUGUUAUCGAUAAAAUAAACGUAUCUAUCACGCGAAGUACACCCGAAGCUUAUCUUUUGUCGACCAAUCCGCAAUCAAAUAAUUCAUUGCUUGUCGGUGCUUCUUUCUACGCAUCUGUCGGCGGUAAAAGUAUUACAAAUCAGGAUAACGUUAUCCCACAGAUUACGAAUAUAUCGGCUGCUGCUGUCAUUAGCGACGAAUUAACAUUAGAAAAUCUUGCAUUUCUAAAGAUACUAAUAAUCGAUCAGCCUGAUAACCUUCGACUAUAUGACACAAACGAGA